CCUGCGGUGUCUGGCUCUCUUCUGGUCUGGAGUUGGCCUGGGCCCCACGCCGAAAUGGAGCAGGAGGCGGAGGAGCAGGGUGCUGAGGAGCUGAGCCAGUGGCCCGGGACAAACCAGCCCGCCCAGGGUAAUGAGAAUGUAAUGUCCAUCUCGGAGCCGUCUCCACCUUCUGGAACCAGUGGGGUGCACACCUCUUGGAACCAUGGCAUACCAGACAUUCAGCACUUUCCUCAGGGAAGAGAGGUGUCAGGGACCCCCUUGGUGUCUGCUGAGGUACCAAGGCAGAAUGCGAAUGAAAUGGGGCUACAGUUCAAUAUGUCAUUACCUGAGAAUGGCAGGAGCUACUGCCCCCAAGCGAUCCCCGGUCCUUCGCAGAUGAUUUACUGUCAGGGAGUAUUUCCCUCCCACCAAGAGAUGCUUUACAAGGGGUCCCAGGUGAUGGCCUUGGGAGAGCCCAAUAAUACAGGGGUGGCCAUGACCUUCCCUGGGCAUCCAAGGAUAUACCCCAAUGGAUUGCCAGACUCAGCUUCUAAUAGAAUCCCUAUGAUGUCCCACUUCUGGGCCCCAAGAAUGCCUAAUUCUGAACCCUUAACAGUAUCUUCUAACACAGCCUCUUCGACACCUGAGAUGUUAUUGGCCCCAACCAUACCUUCCACUGAGGCCCACGUUAUGCUUCCCUCUCUGGCUCAGAUGUUGCCCCCCAGAGAGCCCCUUGACCUUGAGAUGGCCCCAGCUGAGUCUCAAUCAUUGCUGGCAUUAGAAUCACAGGACUCUUUUGUGAGUCAGCCAGCCUUCCAGGCAGGCGUCUUCCUGCCUGAACACCCCAUUCCUGCUCCCCAGGGAGCAGACCCUAACUCCAGGGCCCAGGAGGGGGCACGUGGAAGGAAACCCUUAGUUUUAAGGCCUUACGUCUGCCAGCAUGAGAACUGUGGAAAAGCUUAUACCAAGCGCUCCCACCUCGUGAAUCACGAGCGCAAACACACAGGUGAGAGGCCCUACAAAUGCACUUGGGAAGACUGUACGUGGUCUUUCUUCCGUUCCGAUGAGCUUGGACGACAUAUACGGAUACACACCAGAUAUCGACCAUAUAAAUGUCGCCAGUGUGGCCGACUCUUCAUGAGAUCUGACCAUCUCAAGCAACACCAGAGGACUCAUCAGCAGAUGCCAGGCCCCUGAGACCCACAGGCCAAUGAUGGAGAGAUGGGUGGUCCUCCCUGGGAUCCUGCCUGCCUCUGACCAGUUCACCUCUUUGGUGGAUAGAAGCUUAGAUGAAGUCUGUACAAGAUUAUGAGGCAAUGUUGAAGCCCAAAUGAAGUUCUGGACCCAGUCAGAGACUCUUCAAAACCUGUCUUGGAUGCCCUGACCUCUCUGUGGCCACCUACUUUUGCUGGAGUGUAGCCAGAUGGGAAGAUGGAGCACAGCAGAGAUUAGGCUUAGAACCCUUCAGUGACUCCUUUGCCUGCUACAUAAAAUCCAAGUUCUUUAUCUUGGUCUUCCACAGUUUCCAGAGCCAGACAUGUUCAAAUCCUGGAUUUACCACUAACUAGCCAUGCAACCUUGGGACAAGUCUUUUAUUACUAUGCCUUGUUUUGUCUUCUGGAAAAUGAGAAAACAAUGACUGUAUUGGCCACAGCACAUGUUCCACAUCAGGUACUCUCUAGCACUCACUAUGCACAUGGCCCAGAGUUUGUCUCUUCCCACUGUGACUUCUAGACUUGGAUGGAAUGCCCUUCCAUGGGGACAUGGGAUCUGGCACUGCAGUGCCCAGCCUGGUGAUAACCUUCCAUUACCUCCCAUUCCCUCCUGCCUCACUUCCCCCUUCUCAAUCUGAAUAUCUUGGGCUUGUACCUCCCAAAUAGAACCUCAGUAUUCUUGCACCUGAUAUUAAGGGGGCUGUGCUACUCUGUUCUCUCCUGGGGUUGAGGGGAUAAUGACUGCCUUGGCAACUCAGAUAGUUUAGAACCAUGUUUCUGGACUCCAGGCCAUUUCAUUGACCAGCAAGCUAAUAGUGAGAAAAAAAAAAAAAACUUGGCCAGGUUAUUAAGUGCAAAUAUAUCUGCUCCAGAGGUGGCCUCUCCCUUAGAGAUGGUGCCUUCCGUAGGUGUUUCCUGAACCCAGUCCGUCCCAAGCAUGGCCAGGUGGUGGCCAUAGAGAUGUGACUCAGGUCUGGUUUUCUAUGCUCAAGGGACCUUGGUGUAGGGGCUGAGAGGUCCCCCUAAGUGCAGUCGGGAAGAGAAGUUGCCAAAAGGAGGGUCAGAAAGGCUUUCUGGUGGAGGUGACCCUUGAACCCAGUAACAAUAACAUCUCGUAAUCCCUCCGGCUGUUGGAAUAAACUGAGCAGGUGAAUGAAGCAAGAGGAUUCCAGGCAGAGAACACUGGAUCUGGCAACUGCUCGGAGAAGAGUCAGCAUGCAGGAUUCCAUUCACUCAACCAGUGUUUUUCGGGCCCACCAUGCAGAGCACGCCAAGGCUGUGCAGACCAACGGGGAGGAGCACAAAGACAACUAAAGAACGUGUCGGGGAAGACAGACCUCUCAAGGAGAUGCCUGAGUCAGACCUGAAGGACUCGUAGGGGUUAGCCAUGCCUCCGAGUUCUUAGACAUGGUCAUGCCCUGUGCUGGUCACUAAGGAUUCAGAGGUGCAUGCAGGCACCCUGCCUCCUGAGGAGCAGAACAUUCUGAAUGCUCAGUGCUGCCGAGGAGAGGAGCUGGGUGUCUGGGGAAGCCCCACAGCCUUGGCUGUGCCUGCCUCUGCCCUCCCACCCCUACCCUGACCCCAUCCUGCUUGGCCGCCUUGGUCCGUGUCACUAGUGGCCUCCGUGUACCAGAUGUGGACAUCCAGUGCCCUCCACCCAAGCCCCGAGUGAGGGGAGGACAUAAUUUUUAAAACAUGGGCAAGGGGUUUAGACUGCACCGGCCCCUCAGCCCCCCUCCAGGAGGCGUUUGGAGCCCAGGACUUGUCAGGAUUGAGGAGAACAAGGUUAAUCCCAUUUUAAGGUGUUUUCUUUGGCUGCAGUGUAGAAAUUGGAUUAGGGUAGGAAUUUAAGAGAGAGGGAGGGAUUUUAGAGUUUUAGGUGAGACAAAGGUGGCUUGAGCCAGGGUGGAAAGAAAGGGUAUUAAAAA